GAUUCGAGCCCUCCUCUCUCUCUCUCUCCCUCUCCCUCUCUCCCUCUCUCCGACUCCUGCAAGUGCUUCAUUCGCGCGCCGGCCGGCGACCCGAGAGUCAAGAACGGCCGACCGGGUCAACGUUCGUUCGUUCGUUGGUCGAGUUCGGGGAAAAUAAGGAGUGGGUUUCGGGUUUCUUGUCUGUUUCCCGGGUUUGGAAGAACGGGGUGGAGGAAAAGAUGGCUCAAGCAGUGGAGGAAUGGUACAAGCAGAUGCCCAUCAUUACUCGGUCCUACCUCACGGCCGCAAUCGUCACCACCAUCGGCUGCUCCCUCGAGAUAAUAUCACCUUAUAACCUUUACUUGAAUCCAAGGCUCAUCUUCAAGCAGUAUCAGCUAUGGCGCCUCGUCACCAAUUUCUUGUACUUCCGCAAGAUGGAUCUGGACUUCUUAUUCCACAUGUUCUUUCUUGCUCGGUACUGCAAGCUUCUUGAAGAGAAUUCUUUUAGGGGAAGGACAGCUGAUUUCUUUUACAUGCUCUUAUUUGGCUCCACUGUGUUAACUGGAAUCGUUCUUAUUGGAGGAAUGGUACCUUAUGUAUCAGAAUCAUUUGCAAAAAUUAUAUUUCUUAGCAACUCACUGACUUUCAUGAUGGUUUAUGUGUGGAGCAAGCAAAAUCCUUUUAUCCAUAUGAGUUUCUUGGGUCUCUUUACGUUUACCGCAGCUUACCUACCGUGGGUUCUUCUGGGAUUCUCAGUGCUCGUAGGUGCGAGUGCGUGGGUGGAUUUAUUGGGAAUGAUAGCUGGUCAUGCCUACUACUUUCUUGAAGACGUGUAUCCACGGAUGACGGGUCGUCGGCCCCUAAGAACCCCAUCAUUUAUCAAGGCUCUAUUCGCUGAUGAGGCUGUCGUGGUUGCACGGCCAGCAGCCGUGAGAUUCGCCGCCCCUCCUCCAGAGGAAGUUCACCAAGAUUGAUGGCAUUGAUAGCUGAGACAAGAAGAGUUUUAUGGUUUAGCUUAUUCUACUGUUGAGACAGAAAUCACAAGGAUAGCGGAACAAUUCUGGUCCUUUACCGUAGAAAAACACUCCUGCGCAUGCUUUGGUGCUUGUAAUUAACCAUCAACUGCUUUUGAGCGUAACCUGAUAUAUGCUAUUCAGAUUUUCAAGUUGUGCAGUUUUGAAGUUGAGUCCUUAA